AUGUCCUAAUAUCAAAGCAAUGAUCCAUACGAAUUUUUGCACUAUUGUAAUGAUCAAGAUCAACAGAUUCAUGAUUAAAACAAAUUGUUUAUAGAAAAUCUUGUGAUUUAUGAUGUAAAAUAUUAGAUUCAUCAUCAUAAGACAGUCCUACAAAUAUUCAAUGACCAGAAUCAGCUAGUCAAGACUUUAUGGGGUUUCUAAGAUGUCUAAUUUCCCACUAAAUCAAAUCUGGAUUAAAUAAUCAAGGACUCAAUCGAAAGCAAACUAAUUGUAAGAUAAUCAUAUCUAAAUAAGUAAACUGUAUAUAGUCAGACCUACCCAGGAGGUUAAUUAUUUAAGAUUGGAUAUUAGUAGGAAAUUGAUGCUUGGUUAAUCUAUUGCGACAAUCUCACAAUAGUGGCCUAGGCAUCUAAAGAUUUGUCUGAAUUUCAAUUCUAGAGAUUUGAUUAAGCAGUCGAAGUGGCUGAGUUGUGGUUUAAUAUUUUGGACGAAUUCAGCCAAGAAAAAAUUAAAUAUUUGAAAUUUGAUCUACACAAUCGAACCGUAUAUGGUCACAUCAUUAAUCAGGAGUCUCUGAUCUAUCAUCCUGAUAACAUUCUAUAAUUUAUUGGCAUUGUCGAUGUGAAUUUCGAAUAAGCCCAAUAAUUGUUUUGCUUCUAUGGAUUUCCACAUCCAAAGACAUCCUAAUUCAAAUUGCAAUUAAAAUUACUCUAAAAACAUGUAGAGAGAAUUCAAAGAAGUGAUAUUGAAUUAGAAUCAGCUGGAGCUAUCUUGUACUUCAAUGAUCAAUACUAUGUUGUACACACAGCAGAGUAUUUAAUCUACAAACACAUUUAAUCAAUGUUAUUGAACGAAUAACAUAUUGAGAGAGAUUUCAAAUAAUUUGUAAAGUCAUUGUAAGUUAAACCACCUAGACCAUUCAAGUUUUAUUAGAGCAUAUAGGAACAAGGCCUUAAAAUAUUGGAAUCUAAUAAUAAAAUAGAAAAAACUAUUAAAUUCAACUUUAAUGACUUCAUCACAAUUAUCUUACACAACAUUUUUAAUAACUAGACUUUUAAAUGGAAUUAAUUAAAAUCAAUAAAAGAAUAUAGAGUCUUGUGGUCCUCCUAUCAACCAAGUUCUUUAACAAGAAUACCAGUAUACACUGGCGAAGAUCUCUAAAAGAACCCCGAAAAUGUAUUUUUAAUUAUCCCUGUGGGUGUUAAUGGAGUUGGAGUAUCAACAUUUGCCAGAACCUUCCAAUCAUUCUAUGAUCAAACUCAAAUUGUUAGUGACAUCCAAGAUGCUAAAAUCAGAGACAAUUAUGUUAUAAUACUCGAACAUAAUCACACCCCUGAAGAAGCACAAUCCAUUCUAUCAAAAUGUAGUUAGUUUUACAAUAAAAUCAUCCUAUAUCCACAUACAAAAAAGUCAUUUAAUUAAUUGAGUUUGCCAUUUUCAUAUGAAUUGAUUGUAACUGCCAUGAAAAGGACUUGCACUACAAUUGAGAAAGUUCAAUUCUUUGUAAAGAAGGCCAAGAGUUUUGAAAAUUUCAGAGUUAGUUAACUACAAGUAAAUGGAGUUAUUGAAUUUCCAUUUGUUAAUGAAGAGAUAAAGAUUGAUCACUAAUAUAUUGAGGAUGAUUUAUUGAAUGUAUUUUCGAAUGAGUCAAAAAAGAACUUGAAUUAACUCUUCAAGAGUCUGAAAGAACUUCAUCUUUAAAAUUAAAGUGAUGAAACUUAUGACGAAGAAAUCAAGAAUAUUAUUCAUUAACUAUUUCCCAAAGUCACAAAAAUUACCAAGCAUUAACCGAUAAAGGUAGACGAUGUUGUAAGAAAGGAAAGCGAAGAUGUUGUAAUUCAUGAAAAGAAAACCAAAUUACCUAAAAAAGAAAAGCAUGUAUAAUAUGAUCCAACCUAUUUACCAAACUCACUUAGUUUCUAACUCAAAGGAGGUUACAAUAUCAAAGAUAGAAUAAAUAAGUGGAUUUUAGAUUGUUUAAAUGCAGGCAAUUCUCAUUUUAAAAAUGAUGAAACUUACCAUAAAAUUGUUAACAUAUUUUAAAAGUAAACCUUUGAAAAUGGAGAAUAACAUUUCAUCCCUGAAAAAGAACUCAAAUUAGAGUUACUAACCAUCAGCUAAAAUGAUUAAAGUGUUCGAUAAUUACCCUAUUUCAAAGACUUCGUGUAAGACAAAGAAGCAGAAAUAUUUAUUAAGACUUUAUUUGUAAGUUUUGAUGGUUUGAUUGCUGGACUUGCUCAUUAAUCAGCAUUGCCAUGUCAAAGUCCAUAUCCUCAUAUUCCAAUUUAUUUCAAAAAUCUGAAAUAAAGAGACAGUUUAUCUGUUAUUUCAUAAACCAUAUUACAAAACCAAAUUUUGAAAUAAGCAUUCAAAGAUGGCUAACUCUCUAAAGUCACAAAUUAACCAAUUUUUGCUGCUGAAGAUAUUAAAUACAGAAAUAAGACUUACAGAGUUUAUGUCAUUUCAUUGUAAGAUGGUAUUAAGGUUAGUGCGAUCUCUACAGAUAGAUUAUGAUACGAGUAUUAUAAAAAUACAUAAAUAUAGAUUUAUAUCUGCUUA